CGCGAAUCUGCCUUCCCUCGUCGUAUCUGAGGCUCAUCCAACGUGUCCGUCCCUCUGUCAUCGCAUCCCGCUCAAGAUGUCUUUGCUGUUGAGGCUGUGCGCGGCCCUGUGCCUCUUGCUGAGCCUUGCCUCAGCCUUCACGGCCGUCAGAUACGUCCGCGUCGGCCCCUCCUCCCCCCUCACCCGCACCAACGCUCUCUCCUUUGAAGGCAGGAGCGCCGUCGACACCGUCAAACAGGUGAGGUGGGGAGGGGAGGUAGUGGGCUGGGCACCGCAGCACAGAUAGAUGAAGGCGCACCAGAGACAGCCAGAUCUGUACGUUGGCUCGUCUGUCUGUCGGUUGCGGGUGGCGCUUGGUGUGUGCAGGUGCUGAAGGAGUCUCGGCAGAUGAUCCCUGCUAAGCGGUUGGCGCCUGUUGGUGAGGUGGACGUGGAAGCGGCCAAGGAGGCCAGGACCAAGGCGUUGCUCGCGGCGUAUCUCAAGAUCAAGACCAAGUGACUGACGAUGUAUGACGCGUGGCUGGUGUGGCUGUCUGGCUGGCUGUGGAUGGAGGGAGAGAGACAGGAGACGGAGAGAGAUGGGCAUUUUGACGCAUCUCUUACCUUAUGCGGUCUGUGAAAUGAAGCUUGCUGACUUACUGACUGACUCGCUCUGUGUCUGAUUGACUCGAUGGGCGGGGUGUGGUUGGGGGUGGAUUGCCGUCAUUUGUGAGAUCUGGCGGGUCCUGUCUGGUUUUCCUUGGUCUGGUCUGCUCUGCCCUUUGGUCUGGUGUGUCCUCUGGUGUGCGUGGACCACACGCUGCUGCGGAGAUCUGUACACAGAUUUGCCCAGCAGCGUGAGGGCGGCAUUCGUCAGAGGCGCAAAAGACGAAAGGCGAGCGGAUGGCCGUGGGUGGUAUGUUCAUAGCGUCCGUGAGUGGAGUGUUCGUCCCGUGUUCUUGUCGAGUCGAGGCACAUGUGCCGCUGCUGGGUGAGAUGGAUGCAGGUGUGAUCCACGCACACCGCCUCUAUCUCUCCCGCACUGCACGCACGCCUGAGAUUCGGGGGAUGCGGACGACAACAGCGAGGCCAGGCCUGUAUGACUGACUCUGCUGCUCACACUCACCACGUACUCGCCUACGACACCAAGUGUACGUCUUCUUAGAACGGUUUUGUCCACUUAUGCGAUGCUCAUUGGGCGGACACAUUGCAGACGCCUCACUCUAGUGCAUGUGAUCUCAAUGAAUGACCACCCCCGAUAGCCCCUGCGCAUACACAUGGAGGACAUGCAGACGCC